UUAAACCUUAACUUACAUUGUGUCCUGCAAUAUGUUCUAACCUGUAACCUGACAAAGAUCCGCUUUCCACUUGACACACAGCUGGAGCGCAUGUCAGCGUCUACUGUACAUGAGCUUUCAACCAUACGCAGUUCAGACGCUCAGCCAAGCACAGUGAAGGCUGGUCGGCAAGACAGCAGGGGAUCAGAAAAUAACGGAACAAGUUCACAGGAAGCUGUCUACUACCCUAUUCUUCUCGGAUUGGUUUUAUUUGAUGAAAAGAACAGAAAUAUGGAUGGUACGCUUUGGACCUGUGCUGAAUGGUGAAUAGUCACUUUUCUUAACAGGCCUAUACAUACUUGGGAAGAUUUAAGGAUUUCACUACAUUUGAGGAUUUGGAAGAGCAACAAACUAAGGAACACAAGCAGGAAUCCAUGAGAAGAGGAUAAGGAUUAGGAUGAGGUUCUUUCUCAGCUGAGAAUGAAGACCUCUGCUUCCUCCAGAGACAUGGAAAGUGCUUUUGUGGCCACCAACUCCAGCGUCUCCAACAACCACACAGCUUCUACUCUGACAGAACUUUUAAACUGUAGCAACAAUGAGGGCUACAAGUACGUGGUGCUGCCUCUGUGUUACUCGAUUACAUUCCUGCUCAGCAUCAUCCUGAACUCCACUGUUCUGCUACGCUCGUACCGCGGUGCCCAGCGGUGGAACGCCUCAUUAAUUUACAUGGUCAACCUGGCCUCUACUGACUUGAUGUACAGUCUGUCCCUGCCACUCCUGGUGGCUAGCUAUGUUAUGCAUGACAACUGGGUGUUUGGGGACUUCAUGUGCAGGUUGGUGCGCUUCCUUUUCUACUUCAAUCUCUACUGCAGCAUUUUUUUCCUCACCUGCAUCUCUGUGCACCGAUACAUGGGCAUCUGCCACCCCAUCAGGACUAUUGCUCUGGAGAGCAAGCGUGCUGUGAAGAGCAUUUGUGCUAUGGUGUGGGUGGUGGUGUUCCUACUUACCUGCCCCAUCUUCCGCUUUGCCCAAACUGGCAUUGUUUCAAGAGCAAAGGAAGAUGGAGAUGGAGAAUUUGGGGACACAGAUUUAGGGUUAAAGCAGAAGCUCAGUAGAUCAGGAUUGGAGACGUAUAAGAACUGCUUUGAUGUUGCAACAGACAGUGAAUUUUCAGACUACGUCCCGUACGGAAUUGUUCUCCACCUGCUCGGCUUCUUCGUUCCCUUCAUCAUCAUUGCCUGGUGUUACUCACAGGUGGUCAGGACCAUCUUUCAGACCCUGCACACCCAGCCGUAUGUCCAGGAUGUUGGCGAUACAGAGGCAGGUCCCAGUGAGGACAGAUACAGAACUUCCGUUUCCAUCGCCAGCUCUCAGUUUGGCCCACACUUAAGCAGGCGGCGUAAAUCCAUCAAAACCAUCCUCACCAUCACCUUCCUGUUUGCGCUGUGUUUCCUACCAUUCCACAUCACCCGAACACUGUUCCUCAUCCUCAAAAAGAGGAACGCAGGGUGCCAAACCUUGCAAACCAUCUCUGUCUGCUACAAGAUCACCCGACCCCUAGCAUCCUGCAACUCUUGGCUCAACGCUCUGCUCUACUUCCUGACUGGGGACAAAGCAAUGCCGUGCUGCAGAUGUGCGGGAGGCAGUCAUUCCACACGUCCCCGAUGGCUGUUGAGGAUUUUUGGAGGACAGAAAGAGCGAGAAGUGGGAGAACAACAGGGAAAGUCAUGCAAAGCGCAAACAUGAGAACGACCCAGAAUCCUCAAAGGUUCUGCCUACACAAAAAAAAAAUUCUUUGAAGCAGUUCCAUUCCUAAAUAGUCUUACAAAGGGCAGUUCAAAGGAAUAGGUUUUGUAAAUAAGAUGCAACCAUGAAAAAUAGUUCAAAGUACCUCUACAAAAUGUAGCAUCUGUGAUAAUGAAUGUUUUUCUUAGUGUUUUACAUCUAAGAUUUAGGAUCUAAGGUUUAGGAACCUUUCCUUGAUAGCAACAUUAAUUUGGCUUAAACCUGGGCCACAUCUGGCAUAUUCUGGUGGCCCACAUACCAGAAGUUGGCCAGAUGUGGAACCCCUUUAUAUCGCUUUGAAUUUAUCUGCUGAAUAAAAAAUACAAGUCGUCAUUAUAAUACAUAAACAGUACCAUUUGGCAUAAUGACUGAAAUAAAACUAAUUAUAUUUUAACAAUUAUGAUAAUAAUAAUUAUUACAAUUGUUACUAUAGAUGUCUGCUAUGCUGUCAGAUCUGACCCACCACUUAACCACUAGUCUAACAACUAGAUUAACUAGAUUAAGUGAUUAAAUAUUUUUGGCAUGCAGGUUUAAGCCAAAAUGAUGUUACUAUCAGUGAGAUUUAUUUUCUAACUUACCUCUGUGAAUGUAAAUAGUUUUCAAAUGCCCAUGCUUGAGUUUGAAUAUUAUGCAUUAUAUUUAUUCUGUUCAAGAAGAGCAAUUGUAUUUUCAUAUCCAAUGUCUAUAUGGGGGCUGUAACAAGCUCUUUCCCUAUUUACAGUUAUACUGAUUACAGGAAACUCACAUACAUUACACAUGCAAAAUGGUUACAAGUUAAUAUGUUGCAUAAUGUGAAUUAUAUGUGAUCACAUGAAUCCAUCUGUAUUAUACCAUGCCGUGAAUAAAAAGCAUAUAUUUAAAAAAUGGACAAGGGUGCAAAAAACAAUUUGGUGUCUAAUUUUUUUCUAUUAGUAGUGAUUUGUGAUGUAUGAAUUAAUCGUAAUCUUUGGGGAAAUUAGACACCAGUAUGAAAUGGGUGCUAACAAUUUACUUAAUUAUACCCUGACCAGAGUAACAUUUCUAUUUUCUUUUUUUAUGUGUCCGUUCCAUUCAAACCUGUAAACUCGUUAAGCCAUUUUUAAAAAGCUAUAUAGAUACUAAAUUAUUAUUUUGUGUGUAUGUAUAUAUGUAUUGCAUUCUGGCAGUUUACUCAGUCAAACUGAAUUGGAUUUAAACAGUUCACACAUUAUUAUAGUUGAUUGGACAAGCUUUAGCUUUGAUUACAGCAAUCAUUCUUCAUGGCAUAAUUUCCAUAAGCCUCUGCAAUGUUAUAACACUUAUUUUGUCCAUUUGUUCCCUAAGAUCUGUAUUGAUUCUGGAAGACUUUGGACCAUUGUGCAAAGUCUUUCUUAAAGGGGUUCAGAUCUGGUGACCAAUCCAUGAAAAUCUUAUAUGGGGUCAGAACAGACAGGCUAGACCAUCAAUGACCCCUUUUGAAAUGUUCUAAAACUGUAUAUUGGGACCAUGCCACAAGACCUGCUGUUUUGGAGAUGCUCUUAAUAGAGUAGAUUGUCUGACUCAGUCAUCUAGACUUCCAACUCAUCAACUUGACUGUUCAUUUGCUGACAAAUAAAUCCUAGCCCUUAACAUUGUUUUAAUAAGAUGGUUGAUUGGUGUAUACUUAUAACUUUCAAUUCAUUAAUAAGAAGUGUAAAUAAAAAAAAACAUUUAGCUAUGAGUCAGGUUUCCUGUGGCUGAUAGGAUGUAAUUAAAUUGUUGAUUAGACUGACCUGGAACAAUGUGUCAAUAAAUACAGGAAGCAAUGUUACUAAUUUACAGAAUGUAAUGUAUGAGCAAAGAUGAACCAUUCGUCUUUCCUCGCUUUGUGCUGACAUAUAUGUAUUACUAGUACUCUUCCAGUACAUACCGACAAAACUGCUGUGACUAAAUAAUGACCAUAAUAAACGAGAGGUCCUCCCCACAGAGAAGCUAUAUAGUUCCACAAUAUUUCACUUGACUAUUUGUGUUGCAUAAGAAAGGUAAUUGCUUAUGAUUACUUAUGAACAUUUGGCACAAACCUACAAGCUAAUAGUCAUAGAUGUACUGCUGAGCAUGUUCAUAUAUGUUCAUAUUUAUUGUGGGAAUGAACUUUUAAUAAACCUGAACUCUACUGAACUAUUUACUGUUAUUAGGUAACAUGCAGGCAACAGGCCAUCGUUUGUUCAGAAAAGUAAUUUACAUACAUGCUAGUCAGCUCACUUUUAGUUUA